GAUGUUAACUUAUAGCUUGUAACUUAAUUUCCAUAGUCAGGCCCAUUUCUAGCAAACAAAACAAAAAAAACAAAAAACAAAAACGAUUCACUGUAGGACCAAUGAAGAGGAAAUAUGAUAUAGCAUUAAGUCAGACUUUUCAUUUCCAAAAACAAUGAAAGUUGUUUUUCGACCUUAGGCAGUGGUUUUUGAGAACUCAUUCACUUAGCCCACCAUCUAUAUAUAUAAAAGAGUGAUGGAAUCCUGACGACCGACAAAACAACAAAACUACAGGCCCCCCAACCUCGAAAUUUGACAACACAACCCAUCAUCCACGCCUCUAGGUUGAUACAACAAAAAGAAAAGAAAAAUAAAGUCCUAAUUAGAGGGAGAGGAAUAAUUGCUUUUAUCCAAUUGCUGUCAUUUAGAAGGCUAAGCUCUGCCCACUUGGUCUCCUAGCAACCCACUCAGGGGACAGGCAGAGCUAGGCCUCUUCCACACUGCCUAUAAAAUACAGAUUAUCAGAUUUUAACUAGAUUAUAUGGCAGUGUAGACUUAAGGCUCUUCCACAGAGCUAUAUAACCCAUUUAUAAUCUUAUAUUAUCUACUUUGAACUGGAUUAUAUUGACUCCACACUGCCAUAUAAUCCACUUCAGUGUGCAUUUUAUACAGCUGGGUAGAAGAGGCCUCAUAUAAUCCAGUUCUAAGCAGAUAAUAUAAGAUUAUAAAUAUACAGUACAGUAUCACUUAUCCAACAUAACAGGCCGGCAGAACAUUGGAUAAGUGAAUAUUUUGGAUAAUAAGAAGGGAUUCAGGAAAAGCCGAUUAAACAUCAAAUUAGGUCAUCAUUAUACAAAUUAAGCAUCAAAACAUCAUGUUAUACAACAAAUUUGACAUAAAAAGUAGUUCCAUGUGCAGUAAUGCUAUGUAGUAAUUACUGUAUUUACAAAUUUACCACCAAAAUAUCACAAUGAAUUUAAAACACUGACUACAAAAACAUUGACUACUAAAAGGCAUACUGUUUUGGAUAAUCCAGAACAUUGGAUAAGUGAAUGUUGGAUGAGUGAGAUUCUACUAUAAUACGAAAUAAUUACUGUGGUAGAAUAAUACACAACAAUAUAAUCUCUAAAACCAGGACAGUAAAUAAAGAGCAACACUCUGAAAGCAGGGAAAUUGGGAAUUCCACAAAGGAAACAAUCAGGGCCAGCUAACACCUCCCAAGAAAGAAUUCUUCCAGAAAGGAAGCUGACAAUGGAGUGAAGCAGUGUGUAUUACCAAAGUCAUUGCAUGCUGCAAGUGAAACAGAACUUUGAAGGAAGCCCAACCACAACUAUUUCACCAGAUAGUGCUACUCCUUCUAUUACCACCACUUGGCUUUCCUUUACUCUCGUCUCUAAGCAGAUUUUGCCCAAGAAAGAGUCUCCAUCUUGCUUCUCUCCAGUUAUUAUAAUUUACCUUCAAGAUAUGUAAGUGGAGAAAUUGCCUAAGAGUAACACAGCUGGAACUCUACCAUUUCUUUUUUGGCCUGACUUAUGAAACCAAGUACAACUUCUAACGUAUCGCAUCACUUAAUAUGUCCCAAUGAUUACUGUGAAAGCAGGAAAAAGAAGGUGAAGAAAAGGGUGAGACCAAACCAAAAGAACUGGCUAGAACAUAAGAAACAUGAGAGGAAACCUGCUAGAUUGGGAACCCUAACAGAUCCAGCCUGGCAUCUUAUUUCCAAAAGGAACUCUUGGUGGAGCAUUGCAAACAGGAGAGUUUCAAUAUGUUCAGCACAAUAUUUUUCCUGGAUCCUUCCGCAGCAGAAUGAAUGAGAUGAGGACUUGUUUAGACAUACCAGUCUUCCUAUAGAUAUAUGUAUAAUCGGAGAUGGUAUUAGAUUUCUCUUGCUGAGGAAAUGCAUUUUGUCACAUUUUAUAGGGGACAAAUAGAAGAAUGCAGAUAAAUUAGAACCUGACAUAGCAGUUCUUUCCAAGGCAACUGCCAUGUAAAUCUGCAUAAAAUAAAAACGGGAGUUGUGUCUCCUGUCAUCAUGAAUUCUACAAAUGUUACAGACAGUUCUCUCCACCAGGUGCUGAUUGGGAUUACCCUUACAAUCCUUGUGGUUGUGACUGUUUGUGGCAAUGUUAUGGUGUGCCUUGUAGUCUGUUUCAAUCGAAGGCUCCGCAGCCUGACCAACUGCUUCAUUGUCUCCCUGGCCUUCACGGAUCUGCUACUGGGCUUAUUGGUGAUGCCCUUUUCAGCUACAUAUGAGAUCUCUUCCCAUACAUGGUCCAUGGGCAUUACUUGGUGUAAUAUCUACAUCAGCUUAGAUGUCAUGUUGUGCACAGCCUCCAUCCUCAACCUCUUCGUGAUUAGCCUUGACCGCUACUAUGCUAUCACGGCACCUCUCCGCUACCAUUCUGUGGUCACUCCCUUCCGGGCAGGUGUGGCUCUGGUCCUUAUCUGGGUAGUGUCACUCAUGGUCUCCUUCUUGCCCAUUCAUUUGGGCUGGAAUACCAAUAACACAACUAUCCAGAAUACACACGUCAUGGAUAGAAAACAGGAAUGCAUGCUUGAGGUCAAUGCCCUGUAUGUACUAGUGGAUGGCUUGCUUACUUUUUAUCUCCCUUUGGUUGUCAUGUGUAUUACAUACUACCGUAUAUUCAAAAUAGCCAGGGAGCAAGCACAGAGAAUAAACUACACCAGCUGCUGCACAAGCACUAGAAAUGCAUUGCCGACUUUGAAGGAACACAAAGCCACUGUGACCCUUGCUGCUGUGAUGGGAGCCUUCAUUAUCUGCUGGUUUCCUUAUUUUACAGUGUUCAUGUACCGGGGCAUACAGGGUGCAGUAUGUGAAACAUUAAUGACCAUUGUCUUGUGGCUUGGGUAUGCCAAUUCAGCCUUGAACCCUAUCUUGUAUGCUGCACUGAACAGGGACUUCCGGACAGCUUAUCAGCGGUUGCUCCGAUGUAGGAAGGUGGUACCAGACGCCAGGAAAAUACCUCUGAACCAGGAGAUGAGGGACAAAACCUCUAAUCAGACACAGUGUAAACUGGAGGAUAAUUCUCUACAGCUGCAUACAAUGGAUGAAAAGGGAAAUUCUCUUGUCCAAGACAGCUUGGAAAGGAAUCUGAAUCCAGCACGUGAUAAAACCUCAUCUGCUAUCGUAUCAUGCUGCCAAUGCUUCUGGUUGGCUAAGAUCCUUCCCAAGAGGGUUGUGUGGAUCCCAGUAUUUGAGGAGCCAGGAGCAAAUGGCCAGAACACAAGACAAUCCUCUGCACAGCAAAGAGUUAUCUACUGUGUUGUCUCCUGAGUUAAAACCUGCUUUCUCAUAGAGUCACAUAUGGAGAUUAAGGAGCCAUGAUGGAUUUGUUUUUUCAGAGGCUGCACCCAUAUUAUAGUAGUUUAAACAAAUAAGUUCUGAUGUGGGCUCACUAUUCAAGCUUUGGGAUAUUGCUUUAAGACUCCUGAUUAUACUGUAUGGUGUGUGUU